GAUUUAUUUAGUGCUAAACUCAGAAAAUUGCAAUAGGAUAUAGCUAGAGACAGCUAUAUCUCUCUCUCUCUCUCUCUCUCUCUCUCAUAUAUAUAUAUAUAUAUAUAUAUGUACUGCUGAGAAACGCAGCAUAUAUAUAUAUAUACACUAAUACUGAAGUUGUUGAGAUCGAAGCCAGUAGUCCGGUUCCUUCUUCCUUGUAUUUGAACUUGUGUGAGUGUGUGAUAUAUAUAUAUAUAUAUAUAUAUAUAUACACAUGGGGAUGGGAUUACCGAUGUGUAAGAUACUUACUACCUGCUGCUUCUUGCUGCUGAUGAAGUCCUGUGCAACCGCUGCUGAUCAACAUCAUCCCCUACAGACGAAUAUAAAGGGUAGGAGGUCUGAGAUCCAGAGCAGGAGGAGGAGUGUUUUGGCUAAUGGGCUGGGUCUAACACCCCCAAUGGGAUGGAAUAGUUGGAACCACUUCCAGUGUAAUAUUGACGAGACAUUGAUCAGACAAACAGCGGAUGCAAUGGUCUCAACAGGGCUCGCUGCUUUGGGAUAUCUUUACAUAAAUUUAGAUGACUGUUGGGGAGAACUUAAUAGAGAUUCCGAGGGAAAUUUAGUUGCUAAAGCUUCCACAUUUCCCUCUGGAAUAAAGGCUCUAGCGGAUUAUGUGCAUAGCAAAGGGUUAAAGAUUGGAAUCUACUCUGAUGCUGGAAAUUUAACAUGCAGUACUAAGAUGCCUGGAUCACUUGGCUAUGAAGAGCAAGAUGCCAAAACUUUUGCUUCUUGGGGGAUUGAUUAUUUGAAGUAUGAUAAUUGCAACAACAAGGACAUAAGUCCGAAAAAGAGGUAUCCUAAAAUGAGCAAAGCUUUAUUAAAUUCUGGAAGGCCUAUAUUUUUUUCUCUCUGCGAAUGGGGACAAGAAAACCCUGCCACUUGGGCCCCAAGCAUUGGGAAUAGUUGGAGAACAACAGGAGACAUUGAAGACAAGUGGGAAAGUAUGACAUCCUGUGCAGAUCAAAAUGACAAAUGGGCAUCUUAUGCUGGACCUGGUGGAUGGAACGAUCCUGAUAUGCUUGAAGUUGGCAAUGGAGGCAUGAACAAGGAAGAGUACCGUUCACAUUUCAGCAUAUGGGCAUUAGCUAAGGCUCCUCUUUUGAUUGGGUGUGAUAUUCGUGCAAUAGACAAUGUCACCCUUGAAAUACUUAGCAACAAGAAAGUUAUCGCAGUGAACCAAGAUAAACUUGGAGUUCAAGGGAAAAAGGUGAAAAAAGAUGGAGAUUUGGAGGUUUGGGCUGGUCCACUUAGUGAUAAUAAGGUUGUAGUUGUGCUAUGGAAUAGAGGAUCUUCAAAAGCUAAUAUUACUGCUUUCUGGUAUGAAAUAGGCCUUAAUUCAACAACUGUGGUCAAUGCAUAUGACUUAUGGGAGCAUUCAAUCCAAUCCUUCAUAAGCACACAACUCUCCGCCAAUGUGGACUCCCAUGCUUGUAAGAUGUAUGUCUUGAUCCCAGUACAAGGAGAGUAAAAUGAGUAAAAUUUGUAAAUGAGGGUGGUUCAAAAGAGAGGGAUCCUAAUAUUUAUUUAUUGUGUAUUUCUAAAUUUUAAAUUGAUAUAGUUAUACAUUAUAACUAAAUAAAAAACUUACUCAACAAUGGUGAAUAAAUAAUGAAUAAAUAUAUAAAUUUACGUA